AUGGUGGAAGAGGUUAUUGAGGGAUGGGCAGCUAAUAAGCUGAGCGGUGAAAUUCCAAGGCUCAUAUAUUGGAACGAAGUUUUGCAAUAUCUGGGAUUGCGAGGGAACAACUUAGUUGGUACACUCUCUCCUGAUAUGUGUCAGCUAACAGGGUUGUGUGAUGUUAGAAACAAUAGUUUGACUGGUACCAUUCCUGAGAACAUAGGCAAUUGCACUGCCUUCCAGGUCUUGGAUUUGUCUUACAAUAAACUGACUGGAGAGAUUCCAUUCAAUAUUGGGUUCUUGCAAGUAGCUACGUUAUCUUUGCAAGGAAAUCAGCUUUCAGGGCAGAUCCCAUCAGUCAUUGGCUUGAUGCAGGCACUCGCAGUGUUAGAUUUAAGCUGCAAUACGUUGAGUGGACUGAUCCCUCCCAUCCUUGGAAAUUUGACUUACACAGAGAAAUUGUAUCUGCAUGGAAACAAGCUGACUGGAUCCAUUCCCCCAGAGCUUGGGAAUAUGACAAAGCUCCACUAUCUGGAACUGAACGACAAUCGGCUCACUGGGCAUAUCCCUCCCGAACUUGGGAGGCUUACGGACUUGUUUGACCUAAAUGUUUCUAACAACAACCUUGAUGAGCAUAUACCUGAUAAUCUUAGCUCAUGCACAAAUCUCAACAGCCUCAAUGUGCACGGGAACAAAUUGAAUGGGACCAUCCCUCCUGCAUUUCAGAGACUGGAAAGUAUGACUCAUUUGAAUCUAUCCUCUAACAAUCUUAUGGGUCCCAUUCCAAUUGAGCUGUCCCAGAUAGGUAAUUUGGUUACUUUAGACCUCUCAAGUAAUAGGAUUAGUGGUUCCAUACCUUCUUCCCUUGGUGACUUGGAACACCUGCAAAAACUGAAUUUAAGCAAGAAUGAGUUGACUGGUUUUAUACCAGCCGAGUUUGGUAAUCUAAGUAGUGUCAUGGAAAUGAAAGUGGAGAACAACAAUUUAUCAGGAGAUGUAAUGUCUCUGGUCAAUUGCCUCAGUCUUACGGUCCUAAAUGUAUCUUAUAAUAAUCUGGUUGGGGAUAUUCCUACGGGCAAAAACUUUUCGAGGUUUUCACCAGAUAGCUUCAUAGGAAAUCCAGGUCUGUGUGGCUACUGGCUCAGUUCUCCAUGCCAUGCAUCUCAUCCAACUGAGCGAGAAGAUGAGAGUGGAAGAGCUUACGGCUUAGAACUAGGCCUGGACAUGACUUGCUAUCUUGUCAGUCAUCUAUUGAUUCAAUAG